AUGUCGGUAGCGUGGCAAAGACUCAUUCGAUUCGUUGCAAGCGAUGGAAGAGUACUCCGAGGAGAGCCCAUACUUCCUCAUGCCGAAUUUGACUUGGGGAACACUACGGAAGAGACAAAAUUAAAGGCAAAAGCUAUUGAAGGGUCUGACAUCUAUGACACCUCUGGGAAAACCAAGGUCACCGAUGAGGUUGUGGUAGUGAAAACUCUUCUCGGCCCCUUAGCACAGGAAGACGUGCCCAUCAUCAGAUGUGUUGGCUUAAACUAUGCUACUCAUAGCCGGCCGCGAGCCCCGCCAUUCCCCUUCAUUUUCUUCAAGCCCAGCACCACUGUCCUAGACCACGGGGCAGAUGUAGUCGUUCCCAAGAUCUGCCAGGAUGACCAGGCCGACUAUGAGGGCGAGUUAUGCCUUGUCAUCGGACAAGACGCCAAGGAUGUAUCGGUAUCAGAUGCGCUGGACUAUGUUGCCGCGUACACUUGUGGUAACGAUAUUUCAUCAAGAAAGCUACAGCGCGAUGCUGUAUUCGCAGGAAACGUACCGCAGUGGGGAUUUUCCAAGGGAUUCGACACAUUUGCGCCUCUGGGACCCUGUCUUGUUCGGCCUGACCUUGUUGGAGAUCCCAAAUCGCUCCAUCUUGAGACAAAGGUUGAUGGAGAACUGAGGCAAAGUCAGGGUGUUGAUGAUCUUCUCCUCGACUGUGCUUACAUCAUUUCAUACCUAUCGUCUGGAACGACAUUGAAAAAGGGCUCGGUCAUUAUGACAGGUACCCCAGGAGGUGUCGGUGCAGGCUUAAAGCCUCCCAAAUGGCUUACACCCGGAAAUCAGGUGGAAGUCACUAUCACUAAUAUCGGGACCCCCAGGAACGGUGUCAAGUUUGCGUAG